GUGGGUGAAAGUGUGAUAAGUUAAGUUUAUCAGCUUCAGAACAAACAGACCCGAAACAGAGAAAGCGUUCCGUCGACGGCGAAGUUUUUAUGUGUUUAUCAACCAGCUGUUGAUCUCGUUCGAAUGAUGCCUCUGCGAUAAUGUGAUUUGGAAGUAUCAGUUGCGAGGAACGUUUGAUUCAUGUGGUCUAGCACGCGAAGAACUUUUUUUGCUCAAAUUUUGUUUAAUUAGAGGACAAAAUGGGGGACAAAUUAAAGGGAUACCAGAUUAGUAUAUUUACUACUCUAUUCAUAGGAUAUGCUUGCUAUGCUUACAAUAGAAAAUGCGUAUCCCUUGCUAUGCCGAAACUUAUGGAAGAAGGGCUGGACAAGAACCAAGCUGGGCUCAUAAUCAGUAGCCAGAAUGUCGCUUAUGCAAUCAGCAAAUUCCUUGGUGGUAUUCUAUCUGACAGAAUAAGCGCCCGACUUCUGUUCUCCUCUGGAUUGACUGCUUGUGGUGUGGUUACGCUAAUCUUUGCCAAUUGUUCAUCAGUGGGGCUAUUUUCCGCCUUAUGGUUCCUAAAUGGUUUUGCUCAAGGCUGUGGCUGGCCAGCUUGCUCUAAAAUGCUUAAACAGUGGUACUCCCCGACCCAGUUUGGCACUUAUUGGAGCGUCCUAUCAGCGAGUGCCAAUAUUUCUGGUGGACUUUCUCCGUUCAUUUCUGCAUUCCUGAUUCUUAAUUACGGAUGGAGAUUCAGUCUUUUAGUUGCUGGAUCUGUAUCUGUGGCUUUGGGGAUUUUCGCUUCAUUUAUCCUUGUGAAUUCUCCUCCAGACGUAGGUUUGCCAUCUAUUUCAGGAAAUUCAAAUUCUCAGAAGAGCAAAGGAGAGAAAAGCGAAGGAUCAGUGGCCGAUCUUUUGAAGUGCCCGUCUCUUUGGCUCGUCUCCUUUUGUUAUAUGGUUGUGUUCUGUGCCAAAACUAGUACAGUUGAUUGGGGACAACUUUAUAUUUUGGAGGACAGAAAACAUACGCAAUAUGUUGCAAGUGCGUUUACCAGCAGCGUUGAAAGUGGAGGAUUUCUGGGUGGAAUUUUAGCCGGAUAUCUGACUGAUUUGGUGCUCAGAAAUAGGCCACCAAAUGCCAACAAAGAAAGAGGAAAUCCUAGAAUGCCAAUGGCAGCAUACUUCAUGUUUUGCGUUUUAUGCUGCUUGCAUUUGUUACAAUUUUCUGUCACAGAAAAUUCGUCUAAGCUGUGGAUUUCAACACUCGGCUUCGUGCUCGGUGCUGGGUUCUACGGUCCAAUCGCUAUUUAUGGUGUUGUUGCUUCUGAGAGUGCUCCUGACAAUCUCAGUGGAACCUCGCAUGCUGUAGUGGCAUUGGCCGCCAAUGUUGGUGCUAUCAUAUCAGGACUUCCGUUUAGUUACAUUGCAAAAUACUACAACUGGUCUGCAAUUUUCCUAAUCUUAGAAAUAGUAACUGCUUUGAAUCUUGUUAUAAUGUUUCUUUGUAGAAAUAUGAAUUACAACAUGGCCAAAAGAAAAACGCAGUGAAUUUUACUAGAUAGUUUAUUUUUGUUUUUCAUUUUAAAAAUAUUUUAUAUGUUCUGUAUAUAUAUAUGAUGAUCUAUGAAAGGUUUUCUAUUAAAAAGG